CCCAAACGUAAGCGUGAGCGUGGCACUUCUCAAUUGGAUCACGGAUAUGGGGAGUCAAAUCUUAUGUGUAUUCACAUUGCUAUUGUGCGCCUCGAGGACCGAUGGUGCAGGCAUAAAGUCCUUUGCGGGCAGCGUUGGAGGUAGCAGAGUUGGAGGCGAUCUCUUUAGUGAUGUGAGAGACAUCGGUGUCGAAUGCACUCCUGGUUCACCAUACAGGUAUGCAGACACAAAUUGCACUUAUUUGGUGUGCAAAGAUAACAUAUAUGAGCUGGCAGAAUGCCAGGAUGCGAUGGGUGUCACUAAUGGUUUUAAAAUUAAUGACACAGCUACUACAAACCCCUGUAUCCGCCCUGCCCCGGAGUGUAGAAAAACAUUAUCGGAAAAAGGUGUAGCUGACAAGGACACCAAGGCGUGUGGUUUUGAUCUAUGCUUAGUAAUAGACAUGUCGUUUUCCAUCAGUGAUGUGAAUAAAGUUCAAGUGAGAUCCUUUGCAUUGGACCUUUUGAAACUACUUCGACUCGGAGAUGCAUUUACAUUGGUGUCAGGAUCAACGUAUGGCGGUCAAACCUAUCCUUUCGUUAAAUUCAAAACAUACAACACUCCAGCUUUGAUUAUGAACGCAGCAAAGAACAUGACAAUGAAAACGAAGAAGGGAACAAGUACAUGGCUCGCUUUAAAGGAGGCAAGAGAGAGUCUAACAAUUGGCAGCGGAAGAAGAUUGGGUAAAAAAGCUGUUGUUGUUGUUUUCACUGAUGGUGUCAGCAACCCUACUGACAUGUCACCUGUUACAAUAGAGGAAGCCAGGAAAUUGAAAGACCCCACUUCCUACCAAGAAGGAAUCACUCCGCCAACUGUAAUUUUAGUAACCGCACCCAAUAUGAAAGGAGAGGCGACAAGUGGGGUGUCACAGGCAGAGAAGAACAGACUGAAAGAAUUGAAGAUUAACGAAUUUGCAGCGAUACCAUCAGAAGGAUCGCAAUACCGCUACGAUCUCAAAAGUUUCGAUAACCUCAGGGAUGUUAUCGUUCCUAUUCUCAAAGCAUCAUGUGAUACAUUGUAAAAAAUUAAUUUGUAUUUGGACGUAUUAAAUCAAUAAAAUGAACUUAAAUUUAAGCAUCAUUAAUCUCAUGAUUUGUAUCCGGUCAGUGACUGACUCUAAUGGCCUCUCGGAAUAUUGAGUCAACGACUCUUUAUGAGGUGAACUACUGUACUGUGUCAUUAAUACGAAUGAUGAUUAAUAAAAUGAGGAUUUCAAUGGGGGCAUACACCAUUGACGGCAUCGGGAUACCAUCAUAUAUGUCACUCCUGAUGUCACCGUGUUAAGUCAAUGCACUCUUUGCUAAAAUUCUCACUUUAUCAGAACUCAAGUUGGCGGAGUUGAUCGAAUCUCAACAAAUACGUGGGAGAUC